AUGAAACCCGUUAUCUGGUUCGAUAUCGACAACUGCCUGUAUGGGAGGAGUGCGAUGAUAAGUGAGAUGAUGCAGGAAAAGAUUGCAGCGUAUUUCCUGCGCCUGGGUUUGAGUAAUGAGGAAGCGACACGGCUGCACAAAGAGUACUACAUUCGCUACGGACUGGCCAUCAGAGGAUUGGUCGAGAACCAUAAAGUAGAUCCCAUCGACUAUGACCACAACUGCGACGCCAGUCUGCCGCUUGAAGAGGUCCUCAAGCCAGACAGGGAGUUACGUCAAUUGUUGGUGGAUAUUGAUCGGAGCAAGUAUCGCGUUAUGGCGCUGACUAACGCAUACAAGACACACGCCUAUCGUGUACUCAAAUUGCUCGAAGUAGACGAUCAGUUUGAACACGUCAUAUACUGCGACUACACCAGGCCAGGCUUCCCAUGUAAGCCGGAGAAGCAGUUCUUUUACGAGGCCAUGGAUGUGGUAGGGCUUAGAGAUGAGCCUGGAAUGAAUUUCUUUGUCGAUGACAGCUCAGCGAAUGUUGUCGCAGCCAAGGAGAUUGGCUGGAAUGCCGUGUAUUUCCUCGAAUAUCACCAGCAACACGUCAGUGGACAGGAUGAUGAGGAUAGAAGGAGACAGAUACACGGAGAUAUUCAUCCAGUAAUUGGUAAUUUACAAGAAUUGCGGAGUAUUUGGACCGAGGUUUUUACAAAGUAA